AUGGAAGAAAUAUUCAGUCUAACAAGCGGCAGCUUGAAUCAAAUUGAUCAAAGCAAAACAGAAACUCAAAGUCGUCACGAAAAUUCGAACGAUCCCUCCUAUUAUGCUUCGCCUUCUUAUUCUCAUAACAUUCCUCACACGAAUUUAAUUCAUCAUCAUGAGGAAUCGCAUUCAUCAAGCAACAUUGAAAAACAAAAAUAUAAUGUGGAGCAAAUCAGAGAAGAACUUUUAAAAGAUGAGAAUGGAUAUCAAAAGAAACGAUGUGAAUUAUUGGUAGAUGUCCUGUCUAGAUUAAUACAUGGCAUUGCUUCCGACAUGGAUACACAAAUUAAAUUUAUGGAUAAAUUCAUUGAAGAUACCCAAAUGUUUUUAGAGAAAAUGAAAAAAACGAAUGAAAAAACAAAGGAAAUUAUUUACAUGAUAGACGGAAAGGAUUGA